GUUUAUGGACCUGACAUUUACGUAACCUAAUUUGAAGGUGUUUAUUGCAUCGAAUAAUUAAUUAAUUAAUAAUUCAAAGGUUUAUUCUUACUUAAUAUUUUCCAGUCAUUACGAAAACUGAAAUUUUCCUGAAAUAAUGAGUAAAGCUCGUAUCCAAAUAAGGGAAGUGUCCCCAUUGUUAAAGAAAGUUAGAGAAUUUCUUCUUGGAAGACCUCACACUUUAGCUCUCAGAUUUGAUCCUGAUGUAGCUACUCGUAAUCCUCCUCAACCCGACAUACCCGAUGGCCCUUCACAUCGUUUGGACAAUAAUUACUAUUGUACAAGAGAUGGUAGAUCACUAGUACAACCCCCUGAAGUAGUUGCAACUAAUACUGAUAUCAAAUUGCUAGAAAGUGGAAAAACAGGUGUUCAAGUAAGAAAUAGAUUGCCUGGAAAUGUUUGGCAGUGGGAUUAAUCUCAUACCAUUAUUCUGAGUUUUGUGAAAUCUAGUAAAUAAAUUAUGUAGUGAA